AUGCUCACUCUCCCAGGAUCGUACGAUGAUGUGAAGAAAUACACCGACGACCUGCUGGAGUUCAUUAACACGCCUCUGGUCCGCCAGAUCACGGGCGGAAUCCACGUCAACGACGCCCUGAUUCACGACGCAUGGGAGGCCUUGCCCCCGGAGUGGACGGCCUGGUGGACCUCGCUGCCGGAUCACCGCCUGGCCCAGCAGGACUUGAUUGACAGCAUUGAAGAACCGACCAACACGGUUUCCACAACAGGCGAGCACGGCGAUGACGGACUAUCCCGGCUUUUACAAGGCCGGCCGGCGUCUCUCACCGAAUGGUUAAAGACGCUCCAAUCGCUCUCGCUCCCCCGUGCCCAACGGCCAGGCCCGAGCACCACGCUGCCGGACGUCCUGGCGAGCCGCAUGAACACCAAGAAAAAGGCCGAGGUCUCCAUCGCCGUUGCGUACAUCCGGAGCGUCUGCGAGGCCAACGACAUCACCCACGUCAUCGACAUGGGAUCCGGACAGGGCUACCUCUCCGUGUCUCUCGCCUUUCUCUUCCCGGACCUCCGGGUGCUCGCCAUCGACGGCAGCGAGUCCCAGAUCGCCGCGUCGAGCGCGGCCGCCGCCGGUCUCGGCAUCCCCGAAGGCCGAAUCCGGCAUCUGCGGCGCUACGUCGACGGCACACCCCCGCUGGCGGCGGAAAUGGCCGCCUGGGCCCGAGGGAACAGGUGCAUGCUCGUCGGUCUGCACGCCUGCGGGAACCUCUCGGAGCACAUGCUGAAGUACUUCACCGCCGCGUCCUUCAUCUCGCACCUGGGCGCCAUCGGCUGCUGCUACAACCACAUCGUCCCGCGUUCCGCCGCUUGCCCGGACGGGUUCCCCAUCAGUGCAAGGAUGAGAGACGGAGGUCUGGUGCUCAGCGCCACGGCGCUGAUGACCGGUUGCCAGGCGCCUAAUAACUGGGACAGGGCAGACCUCACCAAGGAGGAGUCUGUCUACUCCAAACGGCGCUUUUACCGGGCCCUCUUGGAAAAGGUCUUCUUCGACAAGGGCAUCCGGCUCGACACCGAGAGCAGGCGGCCGGUCUGGGGUGCGCGGAAGGGCGACACGGCCAGCUUCGUGCAGUUUGCACGUAGGGCGGUGGGGGUUCUCGGUGUUGACGGGAGCGGCAUCCACGACGACGAGCUUGCGUCGUACGAGAGUCGGUACCGGGAUUACAGCAGCAGGAUCGCCAUCCUGUGGAUGCUCAGCGUGCUCUGCUGCAAGGCCGUCGAGAGCGUCAUUGCCCUCGAUCGGUGGUGGUUUCUCGUGGAAAACGGCGGGCACAACGUAGACGUUCUUCCGGUUUUUGAUUACAACGCUUCACCUAGGAACUUGAUGAUAGUAGCCAGCAGAGAUAUCUCAUAG